UGGUAUCAGAGCCAGAUUCGGUCAUCACCCAAAAAUGGCCGGUUCUCUUCAAGUUCCUCCAUUAAAAAAGGAGAAUUAUGAUAAUUGGACCAUUCGAAUGAAGGCAAUACUUGGUUCGGAAGAUGUGUGGGACAUGGUAGAGGAAGGCUUCGAGGAACCCGAUGACAUCAACGCCUUAAAUCAAAAUCAAAAGAAUGCCUUGAGGAGUACUAAGAAGAAAGAUCAAAAGGCGCUCUCUAUCAUCUAUCAAGCUUUGGAUGAAGUCAUAUUCGCAAAGGUGGCAUGUGCAACUACAAGUAAAGAAGCAUGGGAGAUAUUAGAGAAUUCAUUCAAAGGAGUAGAUAAGGUGAAGAAAGUAAAACUUCAAAGUCUUCGAGCAAGGCGGGGUGGUAGAUUGGCUUCCGACUCAUCACCGUUCUUCGUCCAACAGUGUUUGAUGACCUUGAGGAUAGAGACCCUCUUCUUUUGAGGCCCCGCCUACAAGAGCUAUGAAACGACUCAAGCUAAUUACACAGCUUAUGGAGCCGAAAACCGUUGAAGCAUACCAGAGAAUCACGGAGUUGAUGGCUAGACCCCUUGAAAGUUUUGACGACUAUAAAGAUGAGGAAUCCGACUCACUCGGCAAGUCAAAAGCAAACAACUUGUGUCGGAUGCUUCAACCUGCAGAAGAAUGUUCGGAGUAUAUGGAUCCGAUCAACGAAGAAGCUGAAAGGAAAAUUAACGAGUUGUUGGCUAGGCCUUUUGAAAGUUUUGAUAUUGAUGAAUAAUUUUAUAUUUGUUUGUUUGGUUAUUAAGAUAAAUGAUUAAUGUUUCGUUAGUUGAUUGUGAUAAAAAAAUUGUGCGUUUCGUGCUUAUCUUUUAAUAAUGAUGAAUAAAAAAAUUCAAAUA